GGGGCUGGCUUCGCUGGUCGGUUCUUGAUAUGGACCACCACCCCGCAUGUAAGUAAGAUUUCCGCCUGAUUUCUGUACCCUUUUCACAUUCUUUAUUCUUUGUUUUGUUUUUCUUGCAGCAUGAUAACGUUCAUUCUUUACAAAUCGCAUUAAUUAAUUGACGACUUAACGUUCAAAAUGAUGCUGUCAAGGCUGUUCGCUCUGUUAGGGCUGUCAAUCCUUGCUUCGGUCCGGGCGGAAAGUUCUAGUACGGGAAGUUCAAUCGCGGAUAGUUCUUCCACAGCUUCAGCGUCAAGAACAAGCUUUGUUUCAUCGGCAUCCACCACAAGUUCAUCCACAAGUUCAUCGAUAAGCGCUUCGAAGACUGCUGUUUCGACGCACGUUGUUUCUGUUGGUGCAGAUGGUCUCAACUAUGAACCUAGAGAGUUAACGGCGAAUCCUGGAGAUGUUAUUGAGUUUCGCUUUUAUCCACUAAAUCAUUCUGUGGCGAGAGCAGAAUACAAACAACCAUGCAUACCAUACGAAGACACCGGGGCAGGAAAGAUUGGAUUUUGGAGUGGUUUCGAACCUAUUUCUAUUGUCUCGAAUAAUCCGCCUACAUUUAACUUAGUCAUUAACGAUACCGAACCCAUAUUCUUCUAUUGUUCGGCUCCUGGUGCAUGUCAAGAGGGUAUGGUGGGAGUCAUCAAUGCCAAUGCUACACAAACCUUCGAUGUUCAGUUUGCGUAUGCUGAAAACGCAACGAUGGAGUUCUCUCCUAAUGAAUAUUUUCCCUUGGAAACCGCAAAAGCCGUGGCUUCUACUUCCUCUCAUAAAUCAUUCCCACCGGGCGCUAUUGCUGGUAUCGUCGUUGGUGCAGUCGCUGUAAUUGCUUUAGCCGGCGCUUUAUUUUACAUGUGUGGUCGCCACCGAACCAUGAAAGAAGUAUUCCACAAUGGACCAUCGUCCGGGCCUCCAGCUAGCAGCAACCCUUACGACGACACUCAUAACUCAUAUAUGUCGCAAGGCGGCCGUACAGUUUCCGAAGCCAAUUAUCCAAACAUGUCCAAGUUCGCGUCUGGUCUAUCGGGCUUAGAUGCCGCAUCUGGAAGAUUUUCACCCCAUCAUGGUGCUUACACGGAUCCUGAUACGAACAGUUUCAGAAGCCGAAGUCCGCCGAUUGAUGAGGUGGGUAUGCAGACGGUUAGGAAUGGUCAGUAUCAAAGUGUGUCGGUUGGAAGUCCGAUGGGAAGUCCUGGGUUCCCUAGCCCGGCGCUUCAUCACGAGUCACAUUUAAGUUCACAAGGUUAUGGAGGACAUACUCUGAGUGAGAUGGAUGAUAGGAGUGCACAGGACGCUUUGAGGUUACAAGAAAAAGAAAGGCAAAACCAAGGACAUGGCCCGGUCGAGCUUCCAGCUCCAAGCAGAUCCGCAAGUAUGACAGCGGGCGCGCCUUCCCCGGAAAGAGAAAGGCCGUUUUCGUAUACAGAUAGCGAGAGUGGGUAUGCGGGAAGGAUGAGAAGCGAAGUGGGUAAAGGUUACCGAUGAGUACUUUUGACGGAUAAUAAGGAUGGAGUUUAAUGGGGGAAAGGCAUUUUCAAUUCGCUUCGCUGGAUUAGGGUUGGGAGGGAUGAAAAGCUUGAGCGCUGAUAUUCAUGGCGAGAUAGUCGAGGGUUAUUCAUGAUUUGAUUUGAUACCACACUCAUUGGGAAUUAAUCUACGUACUUAAUUAAUUAGAUGUAUACGAAAUGAAUGGAGGCUUGAAUAUAGUAAUCCAUGAAUUUUCACAAAGCAGUACAGCAGUUCAAUGAAUGAUACUUCUUUGGCCUCA